AUGGGAAAGGCAGAAUUUGGUACAGCCAAGUACAUUAGUAACCAGCUGAAAGCCAGAGGCCUUCAGAAGCUGCGCUUCUACUGUCAAAUUUGUCAAAAACAAUGUAGAGACGACAACGGUUUCCAGUCGCAUAUAAAGUCACCAUCUCACCUACGGAAGAUCAGCACUAUCACCCCUAAAGAUAUCGACCAGUAUACCAAGCAGUUUGAGCGCGACUUCCUAAGACUGUUACACAUGGGUCAUGGAGAAAAGAAGAUAGAAGCCAAUAAGUUUUACAACGAAUAUAUUCAGGACAAGCACCAUAUACAUAUGAAUGCUACGCGCUAUACAUCACUCACGAAGUUCAUUCAGCACCUUAGCAAAACUGGGAAAAUUCGCGUGCAUGGUGUGGAAGAACUGGAGGAAGAUAUGGACCCGGGCCAGAUACUAAUAAGCUACAUUGACAACUCCUCAGAUAAUAUGUUAAAGAAGGAUAAACUUCGAGAGCUUGAAGAGAAUGAUAAACAUGAAGAAGACAUCCGUCAGAACAUGCUGCUCAAACAGAUAGAAUUCGGCAAGAAGGCCGAGCAACUGGCGGACGUGCCAGCGAGUGAUGAGGUUCCGGGGGCAGAGAAACCCGCUGUUAUCGGAAAGGUGUCCCUCAGAUUGGAGACAAAGAACAAGGUCAAGAAGAAGAAAUCAAAGGGGACGAACGUGUUUAAAAAAGCGUGA